AUGUCAUUCCAAAGCGAAGCACCGGUUCAGUUACCAUGCACUCCGGUUCUCGAAACCAUGCUUUCAGAAAGUGAAAUACAAUACCUCAUUUCCCUCAUUAACCAACCAGAAUAUCCAACCAGUCCUAGAUCAGGUUCACAGGGUUCAAACCGGACGGUUUACUCGUCAGAAGAAAGAAAGUUGAGGCGCAUGAAGUCGAACCGGGAAUCAGCUCAACGGUCCCGUUCCAGAAAGAAGAAGCAUUUAGAGAAUAUGACGAACCGGUUGAACCGGUUGAAAAUUCAAAACCUAGAACUAAAAAACCAACUAUCAUUCACCAUGCAUAAAUAUCUUCUACUUUCCCUAGAGAAUGAACAGUUAAUAUCAGAAUCCAUUGCUCUUUUAGCAACACUUUCAGAUUUAUGUGCCAUUUUAAGCAACACUUAUAAGCCACAAUGA